CCACGGUGAACUAGUCAAACGCUGAUCCGCCUCAGUCUGGUGGGUCCCGCCGCCCAUGGUCAUUAUGUAGACGCCAUCCGGCCAUCCGGACCGACUCGCCGCACUUGUCGGGUUGGGCCCCCAGAGGACACGCCUCCUGUCCACACGCUUUCGAUCCAGGUCCGCUCGCCUGGGUUUCGCAGCCUGCGUUAGUCCUGCCCGAAUCUAGACCAUGGAUCCGGACCCACCCGACCCGGGGACCGUGUCUCCUCCUCAAUACUCGCUCGAGGAAGAUAUCGCCCGGGCUGAAGUUGUCUUUGACGAGCCCGAGACGUUCUUGGACCCACCCGGUUCAUCUUACCCCCCGCCCCUCAGUCGGGCCAGUCCCCUUUCGGUCGCCGUGGCCAGUCCUAUUGCUAUCGACGUAGCCAUGACCGGAACGCCUUCAGGUGCGGGCAUGACCGCGGCGUCCGCCACCCCGCCCAUUAAACGCGCUUCCCCGCGCCUUUCACCGCGCGUUCGGGCCCAAGUUCAAUCCGCGGUCGCCAGCGGCCCCAAUCCUCGGGUUUUGGAUGGCACCCUCACCCCGGAAGCACACUCGCCCGUCCACGCCGCCGUUGGGACGGUCCACGAUCAAGUUGCACCUGGGCGCAACCUCCGGCCCAAACGGGCGCUCCGGGCAAUGACAGCCUUGAAGCAGCAGGCCAAACGUCGUAAGAAGAGCACCAAUGUGGCUGCCGGUGUCACCAUGCCUGUGCAAAGGGCCAUGGCCCGUCGAAACAGUGUCAACCCUAAUGGAGAUAUUGAAAUUUUGUAUCGGCCUGAUGACAACGAAAUGAGCCUGGCCACCAGAAAUAUGAGGGAGGUCUUGGCGUCGAUACCUGGAUUUUCGUUGUCCAAAGUUCGAAAAAAGGUUUCCAAGAAGCUCUCGGCCUCCGCCGCCUUGCAACUCGUUCGUGAGGGCAACAUCGAUUUGGAGAGCCCCGAUUCAAUAUUAGGUCAAGUUAAUCUCCGAACUCUCUUGAAUAAAGGCACAUUCCAAAAACUGCCGCCCCUUUACCAGUAUCGAUUGAUGCACCUCCUUCCCAAAGUGGACACGAUUGUCGAUCCCAAAAGCCAUUCGCUCAGACUGAGUCAUUCCAGCUUAAAUAAUGAGUUCUUCGCCAAAGCCUGCCAAGAAUGGCGCGAGGCAUUAUGUAAAGGUGAGCUCACCCCCGACACAGUCCAAAGAAGUAAGCUCGAAACCGAACGUGAGCGAUCCAAGUUGGACCCCUGGAAAGUGAAGCACUUCGAACCAAUUUGGGGUUGUCGGAAUGAAUACGAUACAUCCACUGAUCUCCUACUGGUUCCUGGAUUUGAGCAUCUUUUAGAAAAAUCAGACACGCCCGCCCCCUCAACCUCCUCGCGAAGUUCGUCAACUAGCACCAAAAGGCCGAGCAUGUCAUCCUCCGGUGAUGGAACCUCAGCCAGUGAUUUCGUGGACGAAGUCGACAGCAGUGUCAAUAAAGUUGUUGAAAUCGUACAAGACGCUUGUUCCGCGGUCAAAAAACCGAGACUUGAAUCCGUUGUACUUGAAGAGGUAGCGAUCGAAUCAGAGAUACAACCCACGCCAGUGCCAAGCCACUCUGAAACGCCAGAUCAAUCCAGUUUGGAUCUUGUGCCUUCGAGUGAUCUGGAGCUGGGGGAAGAAUUCGUGUCGCAACUCGGGGAUCAUACCGUCGAGAUUCCACAAGACGAGACGGUGGGUACUGUGAUAGAGGAACCGGUCAUUGAAGAUCACAUUUUAGAUGAUGACGCCUCAACUCCUGCUACAAUAAUUGAUGACAAUGCCUCUGUCCAUUCGUCGUAUUCGAUACCCCCGUUUGCCCCCGAAACGCCUCCUUCAUCUUUCGAGAUGUUGCCAGUGAGCACUACGGUUGUAAGCCGCAGUGGAGGCGUAGUGAUUGCCCCUCUUCCAGCCUCAUCCGGCAAUGGUACCCCAGAUUCUCCGUUUCUAAGUCUCUCCUCAAGAUCCUCGACGCCCGAGUUUCCCAAUCCUGAAUCCGUGUCAUCGGUCACUUUAACGCCCAUCAUUCAAGCGAGCAGCCCGACCGCCACGGCUUUGGAUGACCACCCUCCGAUGAAUGCCCCCUCUAAAGCCCUCGUUCCGGCCCAAAGAAGUGUGUCCAUUUCGUUAGGAUCUCUCUCGCCCAACUCGGUUUCCAAGGAGUUGGGGCUCAAGAUUCCAAUGUCAGAAGUUGAUCCGUCUGUUUUGCCCAAAAGUAUCUCCAAGAUGGUGAAGACAGUGUCCAACACCCGACCAACUACGAUAAUUAACAAAUUCAGACAACCCGAGGGAGGGGUGAACCUGGAACGAUCGUACGAGAUUUGCAAGGCAGCUGUGCAGAAAUCCAUGGACUCUCAGCUCCGCCCAUCCAUUGCUCCAAACAUCGUUCGAGUUUCGGCUCCUCCGACGAGUGUGAUGAAUUUCGGCCCUGUGGUUGUAUCUGCUAAUGUUCAAAAUGGGACGAGAAAUAUUCGCCCCGCACACGUGAUAAGAGGACUACGACCGUUGGUCCCAAUGACGCACCAGAUGGUGGUGAGCUCGACCAAUAGUGGCACGGUUCAAUCUGGAAAUCAGAUUCGUCUUCACCUACCCACUAUUCAGACGGCACAGAUGUUACCCCGCCCAGCAUCGGCGGGUGGCAAGACAGUUGGAACACUCGCCUCGAUUCCAUCAGUAAUGGUGAGCCAAACACCGGGGGGCUCUGUGUCUACCGUGGGAUCGCCAUUGGAGAUGGCCAAUCAACCUCCACCCCGGGCCUCGAGUGCUCCUGUACCGGGAACAUUUGUGGUUGUGAGCUCUUCCAAUGGUACUCAACAGCAUCAGCAGUUAGUUCGGUUGUCUAGCGGUAGUCAAGCCCUAUCAUCUCCUGUUAUGUCGGCAAAUAAUACAAUGGAACGCGUUCUCUUGCGAAAUUCGUCAUCUCCCAAUGGGAGUCACGUUGUGAUACGCAAGCUCUCUCCUGGUUCAAGUCCGCCACCCAGUCGUUUGAUUCCGGUGACGUCUGUAGCCAAUUUUGGCAAUCGUGUGACUAUUCGUCCGACCCACUCCAACCAACACUAUCCCAUUUCUCAUCACCAAGUAGUGCUCCAAUCCUCCCGUCAGGGAACACCCGUCACCACUCUUACCCCCACCAGCAUUGUCAGUAAACCCAACACUCCUUUACCCACGACUUUAUCUCUGCCUCAAGAGCCUUUGUCUUCUGCUCAAUUGUCGUUCACCACGUCCAUCGCGCCCAGUACGCAGUCAACAGAUGUUUUUCAAAAACCUCUGCCUGUGAGCGUCUCUGGGGGCGUCAAGACGAUCUAUGUACCUAAAAGUCAGUUCAACCAUCAUCAUCACCCAACGGGCACCGUGAUUUUACAACAGCACUCCCCUCAGCCACAACAGCCACAACAGCAGCAACAACAACAUCAACAACCACCGCCACAACAACAGAUAUAUCAACCCCAACAGCAACAACCGCAGCAAUCUGUUCAAGUGCAUCAUCCAAUUUCCAAUGCUGUGAAUAGUGGUACCCCUUUACCGACUCAGUUCCAGCUGCCGAUGCAGCCAGUACCCAUCACAUCUCCCGAGAUGAUUCACGAGUUGACAAGUGCUCAAUCCCCUCGAACUGCUCCGUCAUCGCCCAUCUCGCUCUCGGGUGUAACGAUCUCACCGGCUCCUUCCUCUGGUGGAGAUAGCCAUCGUCCCACUCCUACCGGAUCCGCCACGCCCUCGCCAACCGCGAGUAAUCACGGGCAGCAGCAGCAGCAAUUUGUUUUCAAGGGACCGAUCGGAAAUCUUCAAGGCAAGGUGUUGGUGGUUCAAAACAGUAAUGGACAGUUUAUCGCCGUCCCCACCUCCCAAAUCCCUAACAACUCGAAGAUUACCGUCAUCAACAGCAUGUCACGCUCCCAAUCGCAGUCUCCGGCCAUGGUUCAAAUGCUGCCCCCACGGGCUUCUUCGGCUCCCCCAGUCAACGAAAACAACAAACUGAUUGCGAUCAGCCGACCCUCGAGCGUUGAUAUUGUCAAUCUGCCCACGGUGCCCAUCUCACAGUCGUCGAUUCAAAUCGAGCCAGUGCUUUCGCGUCAGUCCAUGAUGCCAAUGCACCCACCCGUCAUGGAAGUGAAUCCGUUUCCGACAACUAUAAGGUCAACGGAAAGCCCUUUGACUUACGCCAAGGUGAUACCAACCCCAAUUAGCAAUGGUGUCCACACGAGUAUCCGGAGUGGCUCGACGCCCACGCGAGUGACCGUCACGAAAAUCGCCAAUCCGCGGUCCAGCAACAAAGGCGGAAGUCAGAUCAUGUUGAAAUCUCAUGGCGUUCCACUUUUGCCGAAGCCGCCUUCGGAUCCGAUGGGUCAAAGUCCGGUGGCGUGCAACGUGAAGGCCAUGAUCAUUUGCAAACAGUGUGGAGCGUUUUGCCACAACGACUGUAUUGGUCCGGCCAAGGUGUGCGUGUCUUGUCUCAUCCGAUGAGAAUGGUCCCUGGGGAGGGUUGGUUAGCAAUCAACAUGUAUGAGGUGUAGUAUGAACAUCCUGGCAGGAUUGUGAGGAUUGAGGUUGAUUUACGGGCCCUGGUGAUUCACUGGCUUCUUGCGUCGAGAUCUGUGUCAACCCAACUCAUAAAUGAUGUUUUUGUUAGAAGUUUUGAUCUACAGCUGGUCGGACUGUUUUUAUGGUUGUUUGAAAUCUCUCCCCUCUUUUUAGCUUUCCUGUCUCAGAAACGUUUAAAUAGAAAGAAAUCUAUUAUUGCCUAUUCGAUUUGUAAUGAUGGUAUAUUGAAAAUAUACACCAUGAUUAAGAGGA